UUGAUAUUGUCCAAGAUUCUUGCAUGAAAUACCUUUGAAAAUAAUAGUGAAAUUCUAGAAUUGUAAUCAUUGUUAGCUGAAGCCGGCAUGAAUUUGACAGGAUAUAUCCUCAACUUCCAUAAAAGAACAGGUUCCCUAGUUGUAGUAUCCGCCAACGGUUUUAAAAUACGUUAAGUUAGAAACAGAUUAUGAAUGAACAAUGUCAUUUUCUCUUCAUAUACUGAAAUUUUAUACAAUUCCUCAGAGUUUUUCUAAUUUUGUAAAUAUGAAUCGAAUAUGCAUCUGGGCUUUCCUCGUCUCAUUCCUUCUUCUUACACGUUCUACACGAUCUGAGGAUGAUGUUCAAUCCACUUUAGUCAAGUUCAUCCAGAAACUUACUAGCAGUAAUGAUAUUCCUGAUCCAACAUGGGGUUGGAAUUUGAGUUCUGAUCCUUGCAAGGAUCAAUGGAAGGGUGUGACUUGUAGUAACAAGACUUUUCAAGUGCAAAAGCUACAACUUGAUGGCUUAAAUUUUGCUGGAAUUUUUGAUCCGUGGAUACUUUGUACUGGUGAUAAAUCUUUUGCUGAAUCUCUUACUGAACUUAGUCUCAAUGACAACCGUCUUCGCGUAGAAAACCUUGAUGAGAUCUCAAGUUGCAAAUAUCUUUCAAGAUUGCAUUUACGUGGAAAUAUGUUCUCUGGUAACCUUCCUGAUUCUAUGUCGAGGUUAAACAAUCUAAAGAUCCUUGAAAUCUCUCAGAAUCAAUUUUCCGGUGUUUUGCCUGAUUUGGCCAGAAUAUCUGGCCUGACAGAGUUUUUAGCUCAAGACAAUGAGCUUUCAGGGUUUAUUCCAAAAUUUGAUUUUUCUAACUUUCUGAAAUUCAAUGUCUCCAAAAACAAUUUCAGUGGUCCUAUUCCAGAUGGCGGUUCUCGUUUUCCUGCUAGUAGCUUCGACAAUAACUUGGGGUUAUGUGGUGAACCAUUACCUAACGAAUGCCUAAAAGAAGACAAGCCUAAGAGUGGCUACUCCCGCGAUCAAAUUCUCAUGUUUGCAGGCUAUUUUCUUAUAGGUUUGGUUAUUGUGCUGCUCAUUCUGUAUAAAUUCUGUUCAAAAGGCAAGAAAAACAAGAAAGUAAGUGAUAGUAUUGAUAUUAAGGUAGAAGCCUCUGAUUAUGAUGGUAGCACCAAGCCUAGUAUCAUGUCAAAUGAUAAAAGUGCAGAUAGCAAAUCAGAAUCUUCAGCUACCUCAGCUGAAAGUGCAAAAUCCUUGGUUGUUUUAUCCAGUCCCGAGGUAAAUGGCUUGAAGUUUGAAGAAUUGCUCAAGGCACCAGCAGAGCUGAUCGGGAGAGGAAAACAUGGGAGCGUGUAUAAGGUCAUAUGCGAGAGCCAAGGAUUGACAAUGGCUGUGAAAAGGAUUAAGGAUUGGUCGCUUUCUAGCAACGAUUUCAAAAUUAGAAUGAAAAGGUUGGAUCAAGUGAGGCAUCCUAGGGUGCUGCCUCCUAUUGCAUUCUACUGCUCCAAACAAGAAAAGCUUCUAGUAUAUGAAUAUCAGCCCAAUGGAAGUCUCUUCAAGCUUCUCCAUGGAGACCAAGUGACCUUUGAUUGGAGCAGCAGACUAAGUCUAGCCGCUACAAUCGCCAAGGCCUUAUCUUUCAUGCAUGAGGAGCUCCGCGAAGACCUACUUGCACACGGAAACCUGAAAUCCUCCAACAUCCUGCUGAACGAAAACAUGGAACCCUGCAUCAGCGAGUACGGCCUAAGAGUGGAAAAUCAAGACCGAUCCAUGGUGAGCAUAAGCAACAUCCAAUCCGCGGAAGAAAAUGGUGAACAAAACACAUUUAAAUCAGACGUGUACGCGUUUGGGGUGAUUCUCCUCGAGAUGCUCACAGGAAAAGCUGCCUCAGUACAGAACAACGGAAUGGAUUUGGCCAGAUACGUGGUUUCCGUGAUUAAAGAGGAGUGGACAGGGGAGGUUUUCGACAGAGGCUUGAGCAGAGAAGGUGCAAGUGAAGAGAGAAUGGUGAAUCUGCUGCAGAUUGCUAUACAAUGUGUUAAUGAGUCGCCGGAAGCAAGGCCUAGCAUUAGCCAAGUUGCGGUUAUGAUCGAUGCGAUUAAAGAGGAGGAUGACAUGUCCAUGGAUGUUUCUCAAGUAUGAACUUGCAACAGCUAAUUUUUUGUUUCUUCUGUUUGUUGUGGAAUUUAUUUGUUUUGGUUUUGGUCCGGAGGAAUGUUUGGUUCAUGUUUUGAUAUUGUAAUACGAUGUUAUGUAGAGAUACUAACAAAUGCUAACUGUACAAGGAUUAACUGUGUUGUGCUUAA